AAAGAAGGAAGAGUUAAAAAGGUGUCCAAAUUCAAGAACCAAACAUCCCUUUCCCUGCCCCCUCCCACUCAUUUUUCUUCCAAAAAAUCUUCAACAUAAAAGCAUUACUUUUGCUCAAAUCUUCCAAAACACCACAAAAAAAAUAAAAAAGAUGCAUAGAUCUUCAAGUAACACAAGAGUGGCAGAUGAUUUUUACAGAAAUUCAUCAUCUUUUUUCUCUUCUCCUGCAUCUACUGAUGGUGAAAACAUUGCCAAUAAUGCAAAUACAAAUGGAAAUCUUCCGAUGUAUAGCCCUGGAUCUCACCCUGCUAAAAAGGAAAAAUCUCGUCUUAGAUCCGCUGAAAAUGCCAUUCAUCUCAUUCCUCUUGUUCUUGUUCUUUGCGCUGUUAUCCUCUGGUUUUUCUCCAACCCUGUUGAAGUUGUGAGUGUCAAGCCUGGUUCGGUUGGUGCAAAGAUUGAAGGUUUGCACGAGGCUGUUGGUGUUGAUGGCACUCAAAACCGAGUGCACUUGGAGCUUGAAGAUCACGAUUUAUUGCAUCAUCAUCAGCGCCAGCAGCACCAAACUGUUGAGAAGAAGCGCCUAAUAUGAAUGGAGACAUCUGAAUCUUUUGGCAAUUUUCUAACUCAUGAAGAUGAAGAGAACCAGCUUAACCUCUGUUUUGAAGGAUAGUCUAGAGAAAUGCAGUAUGUAGACAGUAGACUCAAUUACUUUAGAUGAGGGAGUGUUUGUCAUCAUCUGUAUUGCAGCUGAGAAUGUAGGUUAAUAUACAUAUAUAGAUGACAAAAAAAAACUGUAUAAAAUAUGUGACAAAAACAGCUUGAUUGCGACUGUAAUAAGAAUAAGAUAGUUAUAUAUGCAUGUCUAAUAUAAUUUGUGAGUAUAUAUCUUGACUA